AAGGAAAUAAGAAACGGAAGUAAUUCGAUUCAUUUUCCACGCAAAGUAAUACCUCUCAUCUCUGCAGUUGGUAGUACCUUUCUCAACUCAAAGCAAACAAACACAGUAAAAAUCGACCAUUUCUUUGCAAGUCUUAUCGAUCAAAUACAAUUGGUUUAAAAUCCAUACGAUUUGAGCAAUGUCUUUGAAGCGCCGAAACACUGACUACAAUGCUGACAUUGAUAUUCGAGAGUACCAAUUGUUGGCAGAUAAGAGCUCGACUUAUCUUGAAUAUUUGUGUAAUUUGGACAUUGAUGUUAACCCUGGAGCUAUACGUCAUACCAGUAUUAUAUGUACAAUAGGUCCCGCAAGUCGAGAAGUUGCAACUUUGAAACAACUGAUUGAAGCAGGCAUGAAUAUUGCUCGGAUGAAUUUUUCUCAUGGCGAUCAUAAGUACCAUAAGGGAACAAUUGAAAAUGUUCGUGAAGCUGCAAAAGAAAUGUAUCCGCAUCCUGUAGCUAUUGCUCUUGAUACAAAAGGACCUGAAAUAAGAACAGGAUUAUUAAAAAUGGGUGCAACAGGUGAGGUGGAUUUGGUUGAUGGUCAAGCAUUCAAACUUUCAUUGAAGAAAGAGGAUUAUGAAAAUGGCGACAAGAAUAUGGUGUAUGUUGAUUAUGAAAACCUGGCAAAAACUGUCAAGCCUUCAAGUAAAAUCUUCAUAGAUGAUGGCUUGAUAGCAUUACGUGUCACAGAGAUAUUUGAUGAUCAUGUGAUGACAGUGGUCGAGAACAGUGGAAAGCUAGGAAGCAAGAAAGGUGUUAAUCUUCCAGAAGCCAUUGUGGAUCUUCCUGCUGUGUCUGAGAAAGACAAAUCUGACAUUUUAUUUGGAGUAGAAAAUAAGAUUGACAUGAUUUUUGCCUCAUUUAUUCGUAAAGCAAGUGAUCGCAUGAUUCAAGCAUUGUUAGGAGCUGAAGGCAAAGACAUUAAGAUCAUUGCAAAGAUUGAAAACCAUGAAGGUGUGAGAAAUUUUGAUGAAAUCGUCAAUGUUGCUGAUGGUGUGAUGGUGGCUAGAGGUGACUUGGGGAUAGAAAUCCCAACUGAGAAAGUUUUUGUUGCUCAAAAAAUGAUGGUUGGCAAAUGUAUACGCAAUGGAAAGCCAGUAACUAUAGCGACACAGAUGUUAGAUAGUAUGAUAAAGAAGCCAAGACCCACAAGGGCUGAAGGUUCUGAUGUUGCCAAUGCUGUUUUGGAUGGUGCAGAUUGUGUCAUGUUGUCAGGGGAGACCGCAAAAGGAAAGUAUCCGGUGAAGUCAGUUGAGGUAAUGCACAAGAUUUGCUGUGAGGCCGAGGCUGCCAUGUAUCAUCGACAAUUUUUUGAUGAUAGUCGUUAUUUGGUUGAAAACCCAUCUGUGACAGAAACCAUUGCACUAGCUGCAGUUGAAGCAUCUUUUAAGCAGAAAUCCUCAGCCAUCAUCUGUAUGUCGCAUUCUGGGACAACCGCUCAACUCAUUUCAAAAUAUCGUCCUCGUUGUCCAAUCAUCACAAUAACACGUGACGAACGUGCGGCAAGACAACUGCACUUAUAUCGUGGUUGCUUUCCUUUGAUUUAUGAUAAAAAAAACAAGGAAGAUUGGUUUGCCGACUUGGAAGAUAGAGUUAACUUUGCUAUAAAGGAGGGCAAAGAUAUGGGUUUCCUCAAACUUGGCCAUUCUGUUGUCUUGGUUUCUGGCUGGAAAUUCGGACCAAAAAGUACAAAUACAAUACGUAUUUUUACCAUAGAAGAAGAAAAGACCAGUCUGAGAUAUUAGAUGCUUACAUGGGUCCAGCAGUUUUACCGUGUGUAUCUAUGAAGAUAUAAAUAAACAACUAUAACAAAAA